ACCACGAGAGUCAAAACAAAUUUAUUUGAUCUCAUCCAUUUUCCUUGGAGCUGAGAAAGGCAAGAGGCCAUGGAGAGAGGAUUUGCAUAUGUAAUAGUAGGAGGAGGUGUAGCAGCUGGAUAUGCAGCUCUUGAAUUUACUAAAAGAGGGGUUUCUCAUGCUCAGCUCUGCAUCAUAUCUGAAGAACCAGUUGCCCCAUAUGAGAGACCUACUUUAAGUAAAAAGUUCUACAUCCUGAAUGUAACUCCGGCACGCCUUCCAUCAUUUCACACUUGUGUUGGUGCUAAUGAGGAAUUGUUAACUUCGACAUGGUACGAGGAACAUGGUAUCGAAUUAGUCCUUGGAACUCGAGUUGAAUCUGUUGAUGUCGGACAGAAAACGCUAUUGACAGCUUCCGGCGAGACUAUACGUUACGAAACCCUCAUCAUUGCCACAGGGGCUAAGGCUUUAAAGCUCGAAGAAUUCGGAGUGAAAGGAUCGGAAGCGGAAAAUGUAUGUUAUUUACGAGAUUUAGCCGAUGCGGACCGACUUGUUAACGUGAUGCAAUCUUGUACUGGCGGAAAUGCUGUGGUCAUCGGCGGAGGGUACAUUGCGAUGGAGUGUGCUGCAUCAUUGGUGACCAAUAAAAUAAACGUAACCAUGGUUUUCCCCGAAGCUCAUUGCAUGCCUCGUUUGUUUACACCGAAGAUUGCAAGAUAUUAUGAGGAUUAUUAUCAAUCUAAAGGAGUUAAGUUCAUUAGAGGAACAAUUUUAUCAUCAUUUGAAUUUGAUUCCAAUGGGAAGGUUACAGCUGUUAAUCUACGAGAUGGGAGUCAGAUACCCGUGGACAUGGUUGUUGUAGGGAUCGGAAUACGUCCGAACACGAGCUUGUUCGAAGGACAACUGACGAUGGAGAAAGGUGGGAUCAAAGUGAAUGGGAAGUUGCAAACAAGCAAUGACUCAGUUUACGCGGUUGGUGAUGUUGCGGUAUUUCCUGUCGAUCUUUGCGGCAGAAUUCGCAGGCUCGAGCAUGUUGAUUCGGCUCGAAAAACCGCUAAACAUGUCGCUGCUGUGAUCAUGGAACCGGAUAAAACAGGCAAGUUCGAGUACCUACCGUUGUUCUACUCGAAAGCCUUUUCGUUUUCUUGGCGGUUUUACGGAGACAAUGCAGGGGAAGUGGUCCAUUUUGGAGAUUACUUAGGGACUAAAUUUGGGGCAUAUUGGAUAAACAAUGGUCACCUCGUUGGAUCUUUCCUUGAAGGAGGGACCGAAGACGAGUUCGAAGCAAUAGCUAAUGCCGCUCAGCUUAAACCAGCAGUCGAUGAUCUGGCCGAGGUGGAACGACAGGGCUUGAAUUUCGCUAUGACAGGGAAUAAGAAAAUAAAACCUCAGACACCGUUAAUCGAAGCCGGAACUUCUAGCCUUGUUGUCGAAACGCUGAUCUACCCUUGGCACGCAACCGCGGGUGUUGUUGUGGCAGCAUCAGUAGCUGCAUUUGCAUAUUGGUAUGGAAAGAGACGUAGAAGGUGGUGAGAUACAUCAUCAAUCUUGGAAAACACCAUUGUUAAUAAAAGAAUAAAAGGGUCUAAAAUACUUUAUAUA